AUGGCAGCAGCAACCAUUUCCAUCGAACAGGACCAGUUCAGUUGCCCGGUGUGUCUGGAGAUCCUGCGGGACCCGGUCACGGUCCCGUGCGGCCACAGCUACUGCCUGGACUGCAUCGAAGAGUACUGGGACCGGCCGAAGCAGAGGGGCCACAGCAGCUGCCCCCAGUGCCGCAGGGUGUUCAGCCCCAGACCCCAGCUGAGCCGGAACACGGUCCUGGGCGAAGUGGUGGAAACGUUCCAGCGGAGCCGCCUGCUCAACCCCGACGUGUGCAGCGUCUGCUCGGGGAGGAAAAGCAAAGCCGUCAAGUCCUGCCUGCGCUGCUCCGAGUCCUACUGCGCCACGCACCUCCGAGCCCACGACGAGCGCUUCCACGGGAAGUCCCACCAGCUGAUCCCGGCUCCGGGCGAGCAGGCGGAGGCGCUGUGCCCGCAGCACGACAAGGCGCUGCGGCUGUACUGCCGCACCGACCAGCGGUGCGUGUGCUCGCAGUGCGUGAGGGACAAACACAAGGGCCACGAGGCCGCGUCCGUGGCGGACGAGCGGACGGCGCAGCAGAAAAAACUCCAAGAAGCUUCUCUGAGGUCUGUGCAGAAGCUGAAGGAUGCCGAGAAGGAGCUUCGAUACGUUGUCAAAUACAUCAAGCACUCGACAGAGGCAGCGGUGGAGGAGAGCGAGAGGAUGUUUUCCAAGCUGAUCCGCUCCAUAGAGAAGCGGAGCUGCGAGGUGACGGAGGUGAUCAGAGGCCAGGAGAGAGCAGCUGUCAGUCAGGCUGAGGAGCUGCUGCAGGAGAUCCAGAGGGAGAUGGUGGAGCUGAGGAGGACAGAUGCGGAGCUGGAGAAGCUGUGUCGCUCCGACGACCACGUCCAUUUCCUCCAGAGAAUCAAGACCCUUCACUUCCCUACGACCACUGUGGAGAUGCCCAGCACCGAUUCCACUUCGUAUCGAAUGUACAAAACCAUGAAGAAGGCCCUGGUGGAGCUGAAGGAGAGUCUGGAUGAAACGUUUGAAGUCGAGUUCAACAGAAUCUCUGACAAAGCAAUUUCACUGAAGGAAACUAGCAGCUACACAAACAGCAUCUCCAAGACCAGAGUAAAAGAAAAAGACGUGCCACACGACUUUGAACCGAAAACAAGAGCUGAUUUUCUACAAUAUUACAGCGAUUUAAGCCUGGAGCCGAACACGGCCAACUCUUACUUAUGCAUCUCUGACGACCGCAGAGCGGUGACGACGCGCUCGGAGCCGCAGCCCUACCCGGACCACCCGGACCGAUUCACCAGCUGGGCCCAGGUGCUGUGCCGCGCUGGGAUGGCUGGUCGCUGCUACUGGGAGGUGGAGUGGGCCGGGAGCGGCGGCGUUUCCGUCGGCGUCUGCUACAAAACCAUGAGCAGGAGCGGAGGAGGCAGCGACAGCAAGCUGGGACACAACUCCAAGUCCUGGAGCCUGGACUGCUCCCACUCCAUGUGUUCGUUUCAGCACAACAAGGAGAGCUUGAGCAUGGAGGCGACCUGCAGCAGCCGGGUUGGGGUGUACCUGGACUACAGGGGCGGGACGCUGUCCUUCUACAACGUCUCUGACUCCAUGGUUCUGCUUCACAGAGUCAACAUCACCUUCAGCCAACCUGUGUAUCCUGGGUUCUGGGUGGGGUUGGGUUCUACUUUGAGGCUGUGCUCAUCAAAGCUCUAACUGUUUAGCCUGCUGAAGAUGUGGUGGAAACAUUUCUGUUUUACAAUGAGACGGAGGUUUGUGCUCAAAUCUUAGCUUUUUAUAACCGUACAAGCUGCAACGCUUUAGUCGAGCUUAGAUCUUAUUCAAGGCAGCAACGUCUACACUCUGGACCUGCAGACAAACAAACAAAUGUCAAGGUGUAGUUUAAACACAUGAAGGAGAUUUCAGAAAAAAGUAUUUAUAAUUUUCUGUAAACAAUGGUAGAAUUAGCAAUGAGAAACAGACUGACUGGGUUUGGGAGUUGCUGACAUUCCAUCCAAUAAUUGUUUGUAGUCACAACAUUUUUUACCAGGUCACAAAAAGGUUUCACUGCGUUUACACCCAUUACAUCCCAGUGGAAUGUUAAUAAAUAUCUGCAACAACUGA